AUGAAGAAUGGCUCAGCGCGCCGGUUGUUUUUGCCGUACUUGCCGCUGUCCAGACAACACCAGGUGAAAAAGGUGGCCGCCCGUCCAAGGAGUUUAAAACUUCCAAUGAUCGGUCAAAACGAAGGAAAACCGAAGGUUCCACUGAAAGAGCAGUCCUUUCUGCUAGAUCAACGAACUAAUCGAAAUAUGGUGAUAAGUCAUGUCGACAAAAAAUAUUUGAUUUUACAGAGAAGGAGAGAGAAAAGAAUACCCAAGUAUAAGAAUAAGCAGUUUCAACUUAGUUUAAGUGUUAAUACCUCCAUUGAGGAAAGUAAUGUUAGAUCUAAAUAUAAAGAAAAGAAUGUAACUCCAAAAUUUUCAGAAAAUGAACUUGAUGUUUACGCUCCGAUGUGGUUUGUAAUAAAGUCAAAACCUUCGUGCCUUUACGGGGCGAAGCAUGUAUUUGAAACUAUUAGGUUAUGCAAAUAUUUACCAGAUGAAUUAAAAACUAUUGUCUAUCCUGUGAUUCAAAGGAAUGGAUAUUUUGGCCAUCCUGAAAAUAUUCUAAUAAGCAUGUUAUGGGACGAAAACAGUACCAUAAGAAAACUUUCAGUUUUAAGAAUUUUAAAAAUUCGAAGAAUUGAAAGUCCUGUUGGUGACAUUACCAUUGACAUCCGAAAAUUUACUAUUCCAGAGUUUAAUUUUGAUGCGACCGCUUAUUAUGAGCUAGUUGACUGGCAGAAUUUAAGCUACAGUGAACCUCCCAUUACCAAGCGUUUAUUUGAAAAACAUUUAUGGCAAAUAGUAGAAGAACCUCAGUCGUCUGCCAUUUUGCAUAUUAAAGACUAUCCCUGUCACACACAAGCCGUUAAAAGGGCUGUUAAGCUUGUAACGCAAGCUUCCAGCACUGUGUGUGAUAAAAUCGUAGGGAUGGUAUAA